UACCCAGUAAUGAUGAUAUCAUCGAUGUGAUCAACUUUGCACCACAGUCCGUCCCGCCCUGGCAUUUAGCACAUAUCCGGAACUCAUGAGAAUCAGCGUACCCGUUUUCUCCCGAGGGACAUGCAAAUACAUGACAGCCCGAAUCACCAUUGGGAAACUUAUCGUCGAUGAUUAUGCUAAUAGCACUCUUGCAAAGGACAUCGUAUUUGUUGGUCUCAGGCAGACAGAAACGCUCUUCCCAUCCGGCGUCGAUCUGAACUAUGACCCCCAGUUGCUUGGAGAAGAGGCUGGCAAUCCUGUAUAUCUGAAUGAGAAAAGACACAUUGACUUCAGUGUGGCGUUUGACAACCAGACAACCAGCGGCAAACUGCUUCAAGUCCAGUCAUCGAGUAGCAACGAGAAUGUCACUGUGCCGCAACCGGUCACCUCAGCUCUCCCAUCAGAAUACCGAAACCGCACACCAGUCCGCUUGGAGAUUGUGGCAGCAUCGAACACGACGCAUUACAUAUUCCUUGCUGGUUUUCCAGAUUUGUGCAAACACGAAGCUGUUCACAUGAUAACAAUCGGGCAUGCGGGAGCAAGUUUAGUGAGCGAUGGAUACACGGAGGUUGUCGUUGGGGUAUAUGGAACCACUAACGGUCAAACUAUCGAACGAAAGUCAGCAGCAUACGUCAGUAGAUGGAGGUACUCUGCAGAGGAUAGUGUAUAGACUAUGAUUUCGUGGUACAGGACAUUCGUGAUUUUCCUGUCA